CGAAUGGCGUCGCACCGAGACGUCGUGCGCGACGCGUACGCGCGCACCGCCCUGAGCGCGGGGCGCGAGGGAUGCUGCGUCACCCCGCUCGACGCGCGCGUGAAGAUCGGGUACACGCGCGACGAGCUGGCGCUCGCGGGAGGCGCGAAUCUGGGCGUCGGAUGCGGCGCGCCGCAUCAGUUCGCCGAGCUGCAGGCGGGCGAGGCCGUGUGCGAUCUGGGGUGCGGUGCGGGCGUGGACGUCGUGCUCGCGGCGCUGAGCGUCGGCGAGCGCGGCGUCGUCGUCGGGGUGGACAUGACGCCGGAGAUGUUGCGCGAGGCGCGAGCGCGCGCGGCGGAGGCGAGCGAACGCGCGAACGCCGACGGCCGCGAAUGCGCGCGCGCGGAGUUUCGGUUGGGGGAGCUGGAGCGUUUGCCGUGUCGAGACGGCGAGUUCGACGUCGUGAUGUCGAACUGCGUGAUUAAUUUGUGCGAGGAUAAGCGCGCGGCGCUCGCGGAGGCGUUUCGAGCGUUGAAGCCGGGAGGACGGUUGUGCGUGGCGGACGUGGUGAGUCGAGGAAACGCGCUGCCAGAGGCGCUGAAGACGAACGAGGCGCUGGCGUGCUGAGUGUCGGGCGCGCACGAGCAGGACAUUUUGCGGGAUAUGCUGCGAGACGUCGGUUUCGUGCGGGCCGAGAUUCGCGUGAAGGAAGAGUCGCGCGAAUACAUCAAGCACUGGAUGCCGGGUUCGGGGGCGGAAGAUUACGUCGUCGCGGCGGAGGUGGUGGCGCAUAAGCCAGGGACGCUGACGAGCGUCGUCCAGGGCGCGUGCAAGCGCGUGGGUGAAUUGCUGUACGCCGCGUGGUUGGCGCAAGCGCGUCAUCACGCCGCGCACACCGACCACUCCCAGGACGACGACGAGCCCGAAUGCUGCGCGCCGGGUCCGGCGAAAAAGCCGCUUCCCAAGUGCUGACGAUAAUGCACCCCUUCGCGCGCGUCGCGAAGGGGUGAAACGGCUUCUGAAGGCCCUCUCGGACGAUUUGGAGAUUUUCGUGACGAAGCGACGGGUGAAACGGUUUCGCGCCGGCCGUCGCUUCCGACUUUUUUCCAUCGCGAGAACGGUCGCUCAAAGGCUAUGCCAUCGUUCUAAAUGGUGUUACAACAUU